AUGACCACAGAGCCAAAAGACCUGCUCCUCCUCGUCUGGGUACACGGGUUCAAAGGAAAUGACGUGACAUUCGAGUCAUUCCCAGAACGAAUAUCUCAUCUACUCGCUACGACCCACCCUUCACUCAAAGUGGAAAGCCGUGUGUUUCCAGCCUACCAAACCCGAGGCGAACUGACCGCAGCGACAUUGGCUUUCGUGGAUUGGCUGACCGAACUAGUUGUUAACCUGGAAAACGAUCAUGGAGCAGGUGGAGGGGCUGGGAAGGCAAAGGUCGUCUUGAUGGGUCAUUCUAUGGGCGGACUGUUGAUAGCUGAUGCUGCGAGGGAUAUCGCGAGUAAUACGAGAGAAGGCGAUAUGAUGUGGCCUAGAAUAGUGGGGAUCUUAGCUUUCGAUACUCCUUAUCUCGGUUUGCAUCCUAAACAUCACCUUUCCCAAGCCGCAUCUUAUGUCGAUCAAGCUCGUAAUAUAGCCUCUACCGUCGGCAUGCUAUCGCCUAUGGCCCUAGGUUUGGGAUUUGGCAAAUUCGGGAAGAAGACAGAGACUGCUCCCGAAGCUGGCCCCUCGAAUAGUCGGACACCCUCGAGCGGGAAGGGCAAGGAGAAAGAAACUGAAACUGCCGUUCUACCCAAUGCCUCGUCUGCAAGCACCGAAACAACCACAACUACUGGCUGCUUCUGGUCAAGAAUACCUUCGUUAGCAACUCCAUCCACUACAACGAUGUAUGGUCUAGGCGCGGCCGCUCUCGGUGCUGUAGCUUUGGGAACAGCUUACUACAGGAGGGAGGAUUUCAUCACAGGGUGGAAAUGGGGAUAUGAUCACAUGACGUUUGUGAAGAAUCUAUGGGAUGAUGAAGGCAUGAAGAGUAGACUGGUGGCUAUACAUGAGCUAUUAGUAGGCAGGAAAAUAGUAUUUCAUAACUAUUACACCCAUCUACCUCCCUGUCCACCGACUCAAUUAGUCUCACGGACGUUCGCUAUCCUCCCACCGAUGACGCAUCCAUUGUAUGAAUACUUCGAUACGGCUUCGAACACCAUAGCGAAAGAUGAAGUCUCAGCUCAUAUGGGGAUGUUCAACCCAAAGACGAACGAUGGGUUCUACGACCUAGGUCUAGAAGUAGUUAGAGUGAUAGGUGAGAAAAUCGAAGAGGAGGGGGUGGGUAGAUCGGAUGUCAAGGGCUUGGACGAAGUUCUAUCGGAGUUGGAUAAUACCGAAUCUCAAGCGAAUGAGAAAGAGAAUGGGAAGUGGGGAGUGGAAAAGGAUGAAUUAGGGCAUGAAGUGUGGGUUGAGAAGUAG